UAUAAAUAUGUAUGUAUGAGAGCCAGAGUAGGCAUUGUUCAUAAGUAAAAUAAUGAUGCCGUAUCUAUAAACACAGCCCACAUACACGUACACACACACACACACACACAUACACACACACAUAAACUCUCACAGGUGUAUACAUAUCAUGAGCAUGCGUGUAUACGCAGGUGCGUGUGUUAGUAGAUAUAACAUGUGAAUAUGUAUGCGCGUGUGCAUGCCUGCAUGUGUAUAUGUUUCUAUGUAUGUAUAUGCGCGAAUACUUUCAAUACAACUCGGUGAGGUUCGAUUAGAAGCGCGGAGUCAGUCCAGGAUUUAUUUACACAUCUGGAAGUCUUGUCGGGAGAUGUACGUGUUGACAGACAAUUAAUUGGACUCGGCAGGGGUUGUUACUGCGUUAAACGAUUCGCAAAAAAGCAAAAAAAAAAAAAAAGCCUAAGAUGACGGGUAAACGACAAGGCAACAGGAGUCAAAUGUCAUCGAAAAAAAAGACGGAUGAGAAGAAGUCGAAAUCCUACGAAAUAUUUGCAAAGUUUGUGGGCCCUGCUCCGAAUAAUUACAGAUUACCAACAACAGUGGGAACUGACUACCAUGAUGCUACGAAACCAAGGGCGCCAUCUUACAGCAUUGGCAAACACACAUUUAAAUUCGCCGACCAAAGUCCAGGUCCGAUCUACGGAUAUUCCAGCCAACUGAGUAAUUUUGGAAUGUCUUCAGUUCCUACAGUGACGAUUACCGGAAGAACAAAAAAGCCUUAUUUAUGGGAAGGUAUACUGGAUACCCCAGCUCCGGGUACAUAUUGUGGCCCGAAAGUGCGUGUCUUGCGAGAACGUACCGCUCCGGCAUUCAGUUUUACUUCUCGUCCUAAAACGAGUAAAAAUACCAUUCCUUCACCUUGUGCAUAUUCUUUGCCAGGAAUCCUGGGCGAGCAACCCAUAAAUAUUUCAAAUGUACCUGCUUACAGCAUAAAUAAAAGACUGAAUUACAACAAUUAUGCUUACGACUUCGCCCAGACACCGGGGCCUGCAAGAUAUGGCAGCGUACCGUUACAUUCUUCACACAAGCAACCACCGUUGUUUUCUCUGAGGAGUCGAACGGCGAUACCCAAAUAUAAAAUGGAUAACCCUGGACCAGGAACUUAUAAUGUUCAGCAGUCGAAACCUUUUGGCAAUUCUACCCCGAAGUAUUCGAUGGGAAUUAAACAUUCACCGUAUCUUAUGCAAGCCUUCAUGGAUGUGCUUAACUGAUUGAAAUUUCCUUAUCUGAAGAUUUCUAAUUUCAUUCUAUUUUUUUAUAUCAAAUGUUUCUUUCUUCAAAAAAAUUCUGUUUAUCCAAAUUUCUGAAAACAAAAAAACUGUUCACAAAUAUCGUCGGGUGGCACCGCUGUCGUGGGUUAUGACAGCGAUACAAUAGAUAUUGUGAUAUAUCGUGAAUUCACAUACUGCUGUAAUAGUUUAUGACAUCACUGUCGUGGGUUAUGACAUCAUAUGCUAUAACAUGACAUUAUUGUGCUAGGCUGUAAUAUGACAGCACUAUCAUAAAUUAUGAAAUAGAUCAUCAUGCCCCUGCUAAAGGUUAAUACAACACAUUAUGAUUUCACUGUAAUAAUAUAUACCCCUGCAACCAUUGGUUAUCACACUACGAUAAAUAAAGUACUAAGGGCGAUUUGUUCGACUAAGCCCUUCAAGACGGUGCCCCAACAUGGUCGGUGCCCAAUAACUGAAAAAACUAAGAAAAGAAAUAAAAAGAUGAAAGAAGUUAAAGAUAGUAACUAUAGUUAAAGAUAGUAACUAUAGUUAAAGAAGUUAAAGAUAGUUACUAUUCGACCUCGGCAGAAUGUGAAGUCAGAAUGUAAAGACAUGAAGUACCGCUAAGCAUUUCGCCCGGCGUGCUAACGUUUCUGCCAACUCGCCGCCUUACAACUCUCAAAUAUCGUCAUAACAAAGCUAUACCUCAAGACACUGCUAUCAAAGUAUAGUGUUAUCACAGCUAAUAUAAGUUACAUCACUCCCAAAUGUUAUAGCUCUAUUAUCACUACUACAAUAGCUUAUAAUUAAGAAGUCAUAGAGUAUAACACCACUCCGGCAGAUCAUGACACCUCUAUCACCUAGCUAGCCAAAGACUGUCACGUCGCUAUCACAGUUUACAUCAUCACCACUACUAUCCUUGGCUGUGAUAUCACUAUACUAUGAGGUAGAGACGAGGCAGAGUCGUUAGAGCGUCGGAUAGAAAGCCUUGUGUUAUUUGUAUCCGAUCUCUGCGUUCUAAGUUGAAAUCCCGCCGAGGUCAACUUUGCCUUUCGUUUUUUUCGGAGUUGAUAAAUAAAGAACCAAUCCAAGGCGGUAGAUUAGCGGAACUGUAAGAGCUUCGGGCUGGAUACCUUGCAGUGUUUCUCCCGAUUUGUAUGCUCUAACGACAAUGCUUGCUACGAUAUUAAUGCUAAGGUGUGUUCGACUCGCCUUUCUUUUGGGUAACAUCGUCGACGCAAAGAGGGGAGACUUGCACGGUGGUCUUUCUUAGAGAGAGAAAUUCUUUUGGUGCAGACACUCAGACUAUCUAUAACAUAUUAGAAGGGCUAUUUAUAGUUAUGACAUUAUAAGUACUGCUCUAGGUUAUGAUAUCACUACUACAAUACUACUAAGCAAAGGUUAUGACAGAAAAGGAAAAAAGAAUUGUAAUUUGAUAUUAAAUAAACUUAAUUUAUUU